AAGGGCGCCUCAUUCCUCGGACGACUGCUGGGAAAUAAGAAGAAAGAGACUGGCGACAAUGUCACUGACGACGCUGCUUCCGAGUUCAGCAACCUGCGACCUGAAGGCAUGGAGGCCAACGUCUUUUCCCAGCCCGUCGACAAUUUCGAGUUCAACCCAAGACAUCCACCACCCCCCGAGUACAUCCGAGUCAGAGCCCGUGACAAGAAGGACAAGGACUUUGAUCAUCUGUUCUUAGCCCAAGAACUUCUCGCUUCAAACAUUCAUCACGAUGAGACGCCGAUAUGGGCCAUGCAGUUCAGCAGGGAUGGAAGGUAUCUGGCUGCCGCAGGACAAGACAAGAUCAUCCGCAUUUGGGAGGUAAUCAAAACUUCAGAAGACCGCAAGUCGCACGCCGAGCAGUCCGACAUCCAUCAACGUCCGCGAUUGAGCGCCCCUGUCUUUCGUCAAGAGCCAAUCAGGGAGUAUGAGGGCCACACGUCGACCAUUCUCGACUUGAGCUGGAGCAAGAACAAUUUUCUCCUCUCUUCAUCUAUGGACAAGAAUGUGCGCUUGUGGCAUGUCAGCAGGGACGAAUGCCUUUGUACUUUCAAACAUAGCGAUUUUGUCACUUCAAUCGCUUUCCACCCUAAAGACGAUCGCUUCUUCUUGGCCGGCUCACUCGACUCGAAAUUGAGACUAUGGAGCAUCCCCGACAAAACAGUCGCUUACUGGAGUCAAUUACCAGAUAUGAUCACCGCAGUCGCUUUCACGCCGGAUGGAAAAUAUGCAAUGGCUGGCUGCUUCACUGGUCUGUGCAUGUUCUACGAGACUGAAGGUCUCAAGUAUCAGACUCAGAUCCAUGCUCGCUCUAGGAACGGUAAGAAUGCAAAGGGAAGCAAAAUCACAGGCAUCCAGUCAUUCUAUACCGGCGGAGAAACCAAAGUCCUAAUCAGCAGUAACGACUCCCGCAUACGCCUGUAUAAUUUCCGCGACAAGAGCUUGGAGAUCAAGUUUAAAGGCAAUAUCAACGACAGCAGCCAACUCCGAGCGGCGAUCAGCGACGAUGCCAAGUACAUCUUCUGUGGGAGUGAGGAUCACAAGGUCUACAUCUGGCCAACAGACUCUGAUCAAAGUGACAAGAAGCAGAAGCGACCGAUGGAAACCUUUGACGCUAGUAAUACGGUCGUCACCUGCGUUGCAUUUGCUCCUCCAAAGAGCAAACAGCUACUGGGCAGAUCAGAGGAUCCCAUAUACGAUUUAUGCAAUCCUCCUCCAGUGAUGCUGAUGAGCUCUGCCGAGCGUGCUGGUUCACGUCCUCCUUCUCGAGCACCCACGGAAGACGGCCUCGAAGCAGAACCACAACCUCACAAACGCCCAGAAGAGUCACCUGCCUACCUCGCCCGCUCCACGCAUGCCACUGGUAACAUCAUCGUGACUGCAGAUCUGGCUGGCAGGAUCAAAGUGUUCAGGCAAGAUUGUGCUUGGAAUAAGCGCAAGACAGACAGCUGGGAAACCUCGUCAGUGUUCUCGAAACGAAAAAUCGGCCGCACCGCAUCGAUAGCCACAAAAGGCAGCAGUCGCAGUUUGCGUAGCUCGCAUGGACGACACGAAGGUCCAGCAGAUAGAAUCUUGUCGUGGCGCCAGGGCAUU